AUGAUUGAUAUUGGAAUACGAUGCAAUAUCGAUUUUUCACAACGAUAUGAAAUACAGACGUACAGUGUUUUAGAAAAUAAUUUCUUUUUUGUUAAGGUUCUUGUCUCGAUUCAAUCUCUUAUAUUUCUACUUGAACCUUAUUUUAAUCAAUCUGAUUAUGAACGUACACGUCGUAGAGUAACUGGUACUGCUCAAUCACUUCAAUAUGAUUAUUAUAUUCGACAAGCAACGGUUCGAUGGGCAAUCCUUGAACAAUUACCAAAUCCUCCUAUAUAUUUUACUGAUAUCAUACGGCGACAUUUCUCUUUAAAACGAAAUGAAAUAAUUGAUCAAUGUCAACCAUGGAUACGUCAAUUACAAGAUGCAUCAUCAACAGGAAAACCUAUUAGUUCAUAA